AUGUUCAAGCACAUCUCUAUCGAGGAACUUCACCCAACGUUCGGUGCCGAGGUCAGCGGCGUCGACUUCUCAAAGUCGCUGGACGAUGAGGUCUUUGAGGAGAUCAAGCAGGCGAUCUACAAAUACGGCGUCCUGGUCUUCCGAGAUACAGGCAUCACUGACGAGCUGCAUGUCGAGUUUGGCGAGCGAUUCGGAGAGAUCGAAGACGCCAGCCCCUUCGUGAAGGAUGGCAAAUACAGAUUGUCAGACACCAGACUGUUCGACCUCAGUAAUAUGGACGCUGAUGGAAACAUCGUCGUCCCCGAAACCCUCCACGGCGUGUGGAACAAGGGCAACACAAUCUUCCACACCGACCUGAGCUAUAACCCCCACCGCGCAGGAAUCAGCAUCCUCGCCGCACACGAGCUCCCUCCGCCAGGAAAUGGCGGAACCACCGAGUUCGCCGACCUCCGCGCCGCCUUCGACGACCUGCCAGAGGAGCAGAAGAACGAGUUACGCACCAAGGGCUACAUCGGCUCCCACUCCGUCUGGCACUCGCGCCAGCUCGCCUCGCCCGAAGUGGAGAUCCUGUGGAAGUUCAAGCCCGACGAGCACCCCGUGUCCAAGCACAAGAUCUAUCAGAUCCACGAGGGCUCCGGCCGCGAGACGCUCUAUAUUGCGUCGCACAUCUUCCGCAUCGAUGGCAUGAGCCAGGAGGAGUUCGACGCGUUUUAUCCCCCGCUGUACGCGUUCGCCCAGCGCCCGGAGAACAUCUUCAGUGUGGAGUGGAAGCAGCCCGGUGAUAUUGUGAUGUGGGAUAACACAAGCGUGAUGCACCGGGGCACUGGCGGAAACUUCACUGGCAAAUACCGCCGUGACAUGCGGCGAGCGACGGUGUACGACGGCGGCAAGGAGGGUUGGGGUGUUAACCAGCGUGAUGCGCAGUUCCAGGGUCUUCUCCAAGAGGCCUCUGGUUAG